AUGAAAUAUUGGAAAGAAAGCAAGAAGGAGAGUAGGUAGAUAAGUUUUAUUUGCCUUUAAGAAAGAGAAAAAUAAUCAAAUAUAUAGCUAAAUUAAGCAAGCAAAAAGAAUUUGGAAAGAUUAAAUAUAAAAUAAAGGCUUAGAUUAAAAUAACAAAAUAUUGCUUUCAAAAUUUCUACUUGGAAUAUGAAAAAUCAUAAAUAAAUAAAUUAAUUAAAACAAAUUUAAUACAAACAAAAAUAAAAAAAACAGGAAGAUAGCUAUUUUAGUUUCAAAUAAAUUUUUAUUUAAACUAAUAGAGCUUUUCUUCGAAGAAUGUACUAAACAAAUAAAUCUGUUGUAGUAAAUAAUAAUCAUCUCAGUGUGAAUUACUUACUGCAUUAAAUUUGUCGUUUUUAAGAUAUUUUACUUCUAUGUACUGAUUCUUUUCAUUCUUUGAAAGUCUGGCUAUGA